AACAAAAAAAAAAAAACCAAGACACAAUUGUACACCGUUCUUUCUUUUCUCUUCUUUACACACAAACAUUCUUACUUUUCUUUACUUUUCUUUACUUUUCUUUUUUCAAACCACAACAGCUACCAUGGAUCUCGCCAAGGCCCUCCUCUCCGGCAACGCCAACUACGCCAUCGCGUCCCUCCCACUGACGCUCUUCCUCUCGGCCCUGCCUCACUGGUACACAAUCUAUCUGGCCGAGUCCAACAAGGUCCAGGGUGGCUGGACCAACGAGAACCCGCGUGCCUUUGUAGCGCGCCUCAAUGCAAAGGCUGCGUCGGGCAAGAAGCUGUCGGACCUUGAGUCCAUGAUUCUCCGUGGCCAGUCUGCUCAGCAAAACGGCUUUGAGUGGUGGGCUGUAUGGGCCGUCGCUGCUGCUCUGGGUACGUGGGCAAAGAUCCCCCAGGACCAAAUGUUCCGCUACACAGCCAUCCAUGUCGUCUCGAGAGCCAUCUACAGCUACCUCUAUGUUGUCACGAGCUCGCGCAAGGGCAGCUAUCUCCGUACUCUGGUCUUCCAGGUCAGCAUCUACCCUGCCGUAGCCAUCUUCUUCAAGGCUGCUCUGGCCCUCUAGAGAAAAGAAUAGACUUGUUUUCGUUUACAUGCUUGUACUGGUGCGCGCCAAUUGGACAUGAGACUAUGUGAUGCAAAGAUCAUGAUGAAUUUCUCAGCCUGUAGCUGGUGUUCUAUAUGCUGGGACGGAGCACCUGCUCGUCCUUUUCCUUCCCUUGUAUGCAAAACCAGUUGCGUAAAAAUGAAGCCCAAAAUAGAGGAUAGAGACAUCCCCAUAACCUAAAAGAAUAAACGCCGCCCAUGCAAAAAUGAAUACAAAAUGCAAAAUAAUAAAAGUCUACAAGAAUGAUUGGGGAUAUCACCAAUCCCAUCCCAUCCACGAUUCGUCACCGUCAACAUUGACCCAUCGCUCUUCUUCAAUCGCUUCCUCCCACCCAAGCAUAACGCCCAGCAGGCGGCAACCCAUGGCACUGACGGCACACACAACCUUGUCGCUGGCUCCGGCUAGAACGGCCAAGUCCAUCAUAUAGGCACGGCCCAUGUAGCUUCUCAACUGCAAGGUGGACUUCUUGGGUUUUGGGCGCGAUGUGGCAGCCUCGACUCCGUAGCUUGCAGCUCCAGUUGGGGCAUUGGCCGCGUUGUUUCGGCGCUCAGUGCCUAGGUUCCAGAACAUGGGUGAGUAGAAACCGCCCUCCCAGCCAAAAGUCUCUUCAAUGAAAGGAUGGAUGGGGUCCAAGUCCUCGUCGGCAGCCUUGGGCGGCUUUGUAGCUAGCUUGAUGCGGUCCUGCGCGAGAGCAGAGCCAGCAAACACUGCCUCACGAUACACCAUGGGAUCAUCAGACGCAAUAAGCGUAAUGGAUCGGUGAGUUUCUUCAGCUGCCCACAUGGAGUUGUUGUAAUGUUCGUCAACAAGGGCAUUGGCACGGUCCAGAUACACCUCUGACGGGAUAUACGUCUGCUUGUAUUGGAACUCGAGCGGGUGUCGGUCACCACGUCGAACGUGCAUACCAAUGAUUGGUGCAUUGGCCGUCAUCAACUCAUCUGAUUUGGCUUGCUGUUUAAAAUACUGCACUCGCUGGUCGACGUAGGCUUGGUCAUCCUUGUUGAGUUUGAACAUGGCAUUGUAUCCGACGGACGCCAGCUCCAUGACUUGCCUCUCGGGAUUGUCGUCUUCACCAAUAGGAAUGUGUCGCUCGAGCAAAAUUGGGAGAAGCUCCUUGGCGUUGACAUUGGAAAUCACAAGAUGUGCAGCAUCGACAGGGCACGGGAGCAUGUGGUGGCGAGGAGGUGGGCGGCAAGAUGGCUCUGGCGGAACCUGGAACAUAUCCAGAUAUUCACCGUACCCCCAGUUGGAAUCCUCCAAAAAGAAUGCUCGCCCAGUGGCUUUAGCAAGGCCAUAAUAUGUCCACAUCUUCAUGAGAGCUUGUCCAAGGCCAGCAUCGGUGCUCUCCAGCACAUAUGUAAAUGAGCUUUGGCACACAGGCUUGCCAAUGCUUUGCUUUGCUCCAAUGAAAUGACCUUUUCCCUCAAUUGUCAAAAUUCGGUCUGCAGGCGGCAACACGUUCGUCUUUUCGGCCUCGGCAAUAUCUACAAACUUGUCGUCGCGGGCAAUGGAAGUACGCAACGCUUUUUGCAGCGACAAGUCCAUCUCCAUAUCCGAGCUUCUGGAACGAACCGAAGCCUCGCGGCAGUGGUCCAUCAUUUCAGCGUAUUCACUCAUAAGGAGAGGAAAUCGGUACUUGUGAGGAAUCGAAACGGUCCAUUUGGAGUGCUUAGGUCCGUCACCAACUACAAUAGGAGUUGGAAAGUCGGGCAGCCCGUCGCCUGCCACCAUUUCGUAUUCAUCAAAGAGGUAUGACGUCCCGAGCUGUGUUCUCACAAGGCCAGCGACAAAGUAAAAGAGGGCAGCGAAGCCAGCCAGGUAGAUAACAAAGCGAAAUGUUCGCCUGGGGCUGUUGACAAGAACCUUUAUUGAUGACGCUCUUUGUCUUUUUCGCGGAAGAGACGGCAAGCUAGGCGAAGGCGGCGAGAAGAUGAGAUGGUCAAAGUUGAAACGGGCCGAUGUGGACGCUGGCGAACGGCUCUCGUAGAUGGUGUUGUAGGAGCCUGUUCGUCGAAGAUUCAUGCGAGGCGGUGCGACCAUGAGCCUUGGCUGCGAUGGCUUAAGCGGCGGACUCAUGGUUCCUAUUUUUUGUUAUAUAUAUGAGAUUGGGAAGAGAAGUUGCGUCACUCCAUAUGGCGAGGUUGGUGGUGAGGUGAGCUGAUGUGGUGGAAUGAUGUGUGUGGCGAGUGGAGUGGGCGGCAAUGGCAUGCACGACAAUGCCUGUCUAUUUUGAUGAUCUGUUUUGAAAAAGAUGCUAGUUGCGUGUGUAAGACAAAAGUCGAAACAAUAAGAAACGGGAGGUGUGUGAGAGUGUCCUGGGUGAGCCGUUGUAGAAUGUAACUCUAUGGUGGUAGCAAGUAAUGGACGAUAUGGGAUGAGUGAGCAAGUGAGGCGGCUAAGUAGACUUGCAACAGCAGCAGCAGUAACACACCCGACAGAUAGGAGAUGAAACAAAGGAAAAAAGAAGUUUUUAAAAAGGAAGGAUAAAAGAUGGAAGAAACAAAAAAGAAGGAGCGGGAAGCCUGGGGAAGAAAAGAAGAAACAGGGACGAGCCAACGCACGCACCCCACGGCCAGGUG